GGGAGGUGGGCGGUGGGCGGGCUGAGAACGUUCCCCUGGAAAAGGCAAGACUUUCGCCGCUUUGCAAGGAAAGGAGCCGCGGUCGCCCCGGGCCUCCCAUUAAACCAGCCACUAACUGGAGAUGCCUGUCUGGGGAAGACAACUGGCUGAAGAUGAGGCGAAGAAAUAUAUUUAUCGCAACCUUGCCAUGUUCCAUCGCGUCCAAGUGAGCCAAAUGAUCCACUUGCCGUGUCUCACCGAGACAGACCGGCAAAAGAUCAGAGCGUCCUGCACCAACGAAGGAAACAACGAAACCACGUUCAUUUUCUUUCAACGCUUGUGCUGCAGGAAAGACUGGGUGCCGCCCUUCGUGGAAGCUCUCCGCGAACAGAACAUGGGCGACUUAGCUGACGAGCUGGAAAGCCUGUAUAACAGCAAACUCCUUCCCCCAAGGACCCCUCCAGCAGCUUCGGCACCCCCAGCUGCCAAUUGGCCUUCGGCUCCGCCUCUCCGGCUUGAUGCCAAUGAGCAGAGCCCUCCUGGACAGUACUUAACCGAAAACCAAGCCCUUCCCUCGUCUCCCCCGCGAUUGGCCUCUUCAUCUGCCAAUCCGCCCCCCCAGGAUGCGGGAGAUUACCGGACUCCCAUUCAAGAAAACAGCCAUCCGGCUGAAAAGAGCAGGUUAGCGGUACAUCCCAAGACCACAGGCAAAGGAGCAGAGCCAGGUUCCUCCUCCACUUCUGACGUCAGUUCAGCAUCUAACAUCGGAGCAGCUGUCGGACGAGACAGAGGGAUUGAGUCUCCAGAUCCAGAUCCUGUCAAAGAGUCUGCAUCGGUCCCGUGCCCCGUGGAAGAGAGACCGCUUCCCUCCCAAACAAUUUCAACCUCGGCUGACGGUAACGUGGAGCAGAACUGGGAUGGACGCCAGCACCGCCCGGUGACGGUGAAAAACGGGUGUUUUGGGAACGCACACCACCCAGAGGAUAGCGGGACGGGUUCAGCGUUGCCCACCGGCGCGUCUAGUAAUCAGCCAGAAGAGGAUUAUUAUUCGAGCGAUAGCAUCUCGUUGGCUUUGGGCGGUCCGAGAGAGGAUUCGGCGGCCGAACGGAAGGUCCAUGUUCUCCGAGGGGAUCAAAAGCGGGAAAAUCCGCCAGUUCUGGACAGUCUACAAAGUUGCCUGGAUUCCCCGAGGAAAAAUCCCCCAGCUUCCCAUGGGUCGCCAGAAAACCAGACGCAGCUCUUCAUAGAUCCUUUGUCUCGUCGAGCUCCGGCGAACGAUGCCCAGCUGCCCUUUACACAAAUGGGAACUAAGCCUCCGCUUCCGGUCCCCAACCCUGGGCCUAUACAUCCGAUUCGUCUUCCACCUUCGGAUUCGGAUGGUUCUUCUUCCAUAGAAACAAAGGCACCAAAGUCUCGUCGGGAGGUUUCAGCUGCCGGAAGCGAUAAACCUUCAGAUGACUUUAAGCUUCCUGUGGAAGAGGAAAGAUCUUUGAGAGAAAUCACCGGCGUGGGUAUCUUGCCGCAGCGGGGGAUGGAGACUCGGCCUUCGGCUGCUGGGGAUCAUAAGAGAGACAGCCACAUCUUUCACAGCUACUGUAGUGAGAACGAUAUACCUUCCAAGCCGGGCAUUCUGUCUUCAGUUCCUGCUGCAGAGCCCAGCAAGCUCAGCUCAGACAAUGCCGGAGAGACCAACGAUAUGUAUUCCGGGUCGUCAGAAAGAUUACGCAUGAGCGACAGUGAUGCCAUUUCAGUGAGCACGAGCGACAGCGACCCCAUUUUGAUCAGCGAAAGCAGCUCGGUCGGCCAUUCCACCCCGCAGGGAAGAAACCGGGCGAGCGGUACCGUUGACGCUACUCUUCCACCCGAGGUUGACGCUGGUGAAGAAGACACGUCCUUCAGGAGUUACCAUCUGCUGGUGGAGAAGAAUCCAAGUAUGGAUCUCACAGAGGCUCCUUUGGAUAGGGCCUCCUUGCGACCUUCCCCGAGGGAUUUCCCGGAUUCAACAUCCGACGGUCAACCGGAGAACAAAGCCAAGAACCACCAGGCGGGUUCUUCUCUCCCAGAUAAGAAAGUUGAGGGUGAAACAUGGGCUACUUCAGGCAACUUUUGGAUGCUUUUUGCGGCAUUUUCUGUGGCGUUUGUGGCUUAUGUGCUGUAUAAGAAGAAAUAAGCACCGGAGUCACUGAUCGGUUGUUGACCAACUGAAAUUCACACCCAGCCACUGUCUCUUCCUACCGUUGCUUGAUCCUCCACGGAAGGGAAGCACUAGGGACCUUGCUUCCUUUAGAUCGCUUCCCGCCACCGAUGCGCGAUGCUUCCCGCAGUGUUGAACUCCUAUCCUCACAACACGCCUUGCUUAUUUCCUGUAGUCUGCUUUUGAGUCAUUAAUGACGACUUUCGAUCCAGGUUAUUUUAGAUCGGUCAGUUCAGUGGCCUCAUUCCCCUCCCCCCCAAAAUAGCCAAGCAGAUCAGACCUAGGACUUUUCUGAGAUAUCGCCAGAAAUGCAAAAAAUCUGGACAUCAUUGCAAAAUCCUGAAAGCUCGCUUCCACAUAGUUGGCAAGGGAACUGCAGGAUCUCAAAGGAUUUUCAUUUUUUUUUUUUAAAAGAAAGGGUCACAUCGCAAAGAAUAUGCCGGCUGGCGUGGACGAGUGACUGCCUUCGUGAUUCCAGUGGGUAGAUCUUUUUGAUGUGGCUUAGAAAUGGAAAAAGCCAGUAGCAUUUUCACUAUGGUCUGAACACGAUGUUCUUUUGGAUACGCAAGAUGUUAUUGCUGAAUCUUUAGAAACGAGCGUCCAGUUGUCCAGCUCCGUUUUUCUGGAAUUAACGCCCGCUUAGGGAAUUUAAGGAAAAGCGGUGGACUUCACCGAACUGUUUGGGAACCCUUGUUCUUCCUUUUCCAUUUCUUGGAAAGAAGCAGCAUAGAAGUUCGUUCUUCGAUUAUUACAGGAAAACUGUAAUCCUUAACUCGGAUUGCCGCUGUCUGGAAUUUUAUCCGUUGACAUUGAUGGAAACGGAAUUUCUUCGUUCUGUUUUUUGUGGAUGUUUUUUCUUCUUCUGCAGGGAAGGUUAAGGUGUGAUAUUUGGAAAGUUGUUUGUUCCUGGCCAUUAAAUGACAGGUAGUCCUCGAUUUAAUGACUGUUAUGAAGGAUGAUAGAUUGGGAUGAGUCUGCUGCAGCAUUCCUGUGGUCGAACGGUCAUAAGGUGAGGACUACCUGGCACCCAAGAGGGCCAGAUUCCAUCCUUCUGAGAAUUUGGGGGGGGGGGACAUGAAGGCUUAGUUGCUUGCCUUUGCUUAAUGAGGAAGUUUUCUUGAAACAAGAGGCAGGCUGGCUAGGAAAUUCUGGGAACUGAAAGCCACAAGUUGCACAGAAACACUGAUUCAAUGUGUUGCGUGCACCCACAAAUGCAUUGUCUCCUCAGGAGUUAAUCGGGGUGUGUCCAUUCACACUACUUGUGUAUAUAUGUUGACUCAUACCGAUUAUCGUUCCUUUUUUUAAAAAAGAAAAAGUAACGUUUUCUUUCUAUUUCUGACAGAUAGUCAAACCAAGUUCCAGCUUUCUUACUUUAUUUCUUUCCGACGUUCUGUAGCGUUUGGGAAAUUUAAAACACGGAGACUUCCGAAUUGAAUAACUUUCUUGCGGUCAUUAACCAGCAGAAAGAGCGAAGGGGGGGAAAAAUAGUUUUCAAAUAUGCAGAACAUCCAAAAAUGAAUGAGGAGGAGCGAUGCCUAGAAAAUAUGCUGAAAAGCUUCAUUCUUAAUUUAGCUUAAAACUAAGCUAAACUCUAGAAUUAUAGCAAAUUUAUAGCAAAAUUAUAGAGCCUUUGACAAAAUGGAGAAUUCCUUCUAGAGUUCCUUCCCGUUCUUCCCAGUACGCCUGCUCGCCUUUCACGUGCUGAUUAAAAAAAAAAGUUAUUGGGUGAAAAA